AUGACCGAGGUCGUUAAUGAUAUAGACGCCAACUCUCCUAAGGUCGCAAAGACCAAGGACGAUAGGCCCUAUAAAUGCCCCAUGUGCGAGAAAGCAUUCCACCGGUUAGAACACCAAACAAGACACAUCAGAACCCACACGGGUGAAAAACCCCAUCCCUGUACGUUCGCUGGAUGCACCAAACGCUUCUCCCGAAGUGACGAGUUGACCCGUCAUUUGCGGAUCCACAAUAAUCCCGUCACCAGAAAGAGAAAGAACAAGAUGAACCACGACUAUACAUCCCAAGACUUGGACGAGCACCGCCAUUCGGUUCUGGACCUGGGGCUCGCCAAGUUGGCCGAGGCUGCCGCCAUCCCCGUGCAACUCCAGAGCCUUCCCAGCGGGGCCCAGUUCAUCCCCGUGGCCAUCGAUAAAGGAGGCCAGGCGAUCUAUCAUCAGGGGUACCCCAUUUACCUUGUGACAGCAGGACAAGGAGAGCAGAAACCGUACCAGCUUCAGAACGGACUGGCGGUGUUCUCCAUGCCGCUGUCGCCCACCACCGGCUCCGCCACCGGUACCUCUGGCUCCACCACCGCGCCCUCCGGACCGCACCCUUCGCCGCAGGCUGCAACCUUGACUCCGUCCAUUAUCAAACUGGAACUGUCCAGCUCCAUCGGCGUGUUUUCUAACGAGUCUUCGUCGCACUCUCUCAGCACCUCGCCCGACCAGACCUUGUAUACCCCUAUCCCUGGUUCCGCCAAAAAACUCCCAUCGCUCACCAAUUUGAACGAAUACUUUGUCUUGAAAGCAGGCUCCAACAAAACCUCCAGCUCCUCGUUGUCGUCGAUGCAGUUUGGUGCUUCCCAUGCCUCUCACCCUAACCUCCCAUCACUCGGAUCGCUUCCUCGGAUGACUCCCAUCAAAUCAAUUCCCGUUCCCAAUCCCCAGCGCAACAUCUCCUAUCCCCUGACUCCAUACUCGCUCGGGGCCUCCGCCACCUAUUUUGCCCCGCUGCAGGGCCUCAAGGUACGCGACAAGUCGUCGUCCAGUUUGAACUUGGAGUUUGCUCACGCCCAGAAGAAACUGAGACCAAGCUCUCCAAGCCUGUCGUUCACCAACUUGGUGAUGACGAGCAACCUGUCGUACCAUAACCCCGGGUUUAUCAUCUCGCCAUCCGAAACUCCAUUGCAGACUCCGUCACAAUCGCCUCAUCUCAAGCCGGCAAAUGCUCAAUUGCAGCCGGACUUGGUGAAGUUGAACAGUAAGUUGACUGAGGGUGAAGUGGUUGUGAAGCAACAGGACAACACAAACUCCAUAGCCAAUUCGGGUACCCAGCUUCCGCCUAUUCGGUCAGUGUUUAGUUUUCCUAACUAG